AUAAGAAGAAUACCAAUUUAAUUAAGUCUUUCUCAAAAAAGUAAAUCAAUUUAAGCACAUGCAAAUGUUCAAUCAACUUUAUAAGAAGCUUAAAGAUAAACCAAUUUUUCCUAAAAUGUUUUUCUGAUGAUAAUUAUUCUCAAGAAUGAUAAUAUAAGAUUUCAUGGUGGCCAAAUAUAUGUAUCAGAGGAGAGACAGUAUCAUUUUGGUUAUUUUAUGUGAAUUCGUGUAAACAUUAUAGUUAAAUACCAUGUUAUAUAAAUCAGCCACGAUAGCUGGAAGAUCUAUAAUCUACACAAUAAAAAAAAAAGAAUUUGACAAACCACAAUUUUAAAAUUUGAAUUAUGCUAAUUAGCUAUAAUGGCUGCACUUACCAUAAUAGAUCACAAAUUCGCCAAGACUGAAAAAUUUAACGGACUAAAACUUUGAAUUAACUGAUAAUGAAGACUGCAUUUAUUCAGGUAACUACGAAUUAGCAAAAUCGCAAGAAAAAAAAAACUACCUUAUUUUUCUUGUAAUUUAAAAAUAAUAAUGCGAAAAUCAUGGUUUAGGGAGAUAUUAUUAUACUGUAGAAAGGUCAGAAACUAAACUAACAUCUGACAAAUCAUAACAAAAAAAAAAAAAUAGGAAUAAACAUGCCAAACUCUAAAGUUGAUGUAAACUUCUGAAAAAAGCCAAAAUAAUAAUAAUAAUUUAAAGAGGUCAUAAAAACCCAAAACAAAAAUAAGAUUUUGAGGAAACCUCUACCCCAAAUCCACAAACCCCCACUUGCAUUUUCUCCCCCAUCUCCCAUCACUCUCUCUCUCUCUCUCUCUCUCUCUCUCUCUCGUCUUCCUCUGCUCCGAAGCAACACAAACUGCAAAAAUUCCUUCUUAAAUCCCAGAAUUUGCAAAAACCAAUCUCUAAAAGUUUCGGUUUUGAUGAGUUUGAGUGAGAAAAAUAGUCAAAUCUCUUGAACGCAAUGUGAGGAUCAACGAAUAAGAAGAAGAAGAAGACCAAACAAUGGUAGCUGGAGUACUCUCCAGCACUGACCCAAGAAACGCACCUCGAGAUCGGCCCAACAAUGUCGGAAGCGGACAAAGAAGACCAACAAGAGGCAAACAAGUCCCCUCUCGCUACUUAUCUCCUUCCCCUUCUCACUCCCUCUCCUCCUCCACCACAACAACCUCAUCCUCUUCCUCUUCUUCCUCCUCCGCCUUUCUCAAGACAACUAAACGACACCCAUCUCCCUUACUCCCUCGCCCUACAAACUCCACUUCAAAUCCCAUCAAAACGCCGUCGUUACUACCUAAACGCUCGCAAUCGGCGGACCGUCGCCGACCCUCGGCAGCUCCGGCCGAAAUGUCGGUGGCGACGAAGAUGCUCAUCACUUCCACUCGGAGCUUGUCUGUUUCCUUCCAAGGCGAAGCCUUUUCGCUUCCCAUUAGCAAAAAGAAGGAGCCUGCUUCUCCGCCGGUUUCUCACCGGAGAUCGACGCCGGUGCGAGAUCAGAGGGAGAACUCGAAGCCGGUGGACCAGCAUCGCUGGCCCGGAGCUUCCCGGAGAGGAAAGUCCGAGCCUUUUGCGCCGAAUCCGCUCUUUGGUGAGAGUCCUAGGGUUUCUAUUAAUGGAAGGUUGAGUUUAAAUAUGGAAAGUGGAAGAAGAAGAAGAAGACCAAACAAUGGUUUAUUAACCUCUAGUGACGUCACUGCUUCUGAUACUGAUAGUGUUUCUUCUGGUAGCACUAACGGCGAAACCUCCAAGUCAAGGAGCUUGGCUUCUUCUGCUAGGUUCUGGCAAGAGACUAAUACCCGGUUAAGGCGGUUGCAGGAUCCCGGUUCGCCUAGUGUGUCAUCUCCUCGUGGUAUGGCUUCUUCUCCUGUAAGAGGUGGUGGUGGUGCUGCUGCUAUUCGCUCUGCUUCACCGAGUAAGCUUUGGGCUACUACUACUACUACGACUUCAUCUCCAGCUAGGGCUCUUUCGAGUCCUUGUCGAGUGUCUGAUCAGAUGAAUAACCGCAAGGACACGCCUUCGAUUCUUAGCUUCUCUGCUGAUAUUAGGAGAGGGAAGAUUGGGGGAGAUCGUGUUGUGGAUGCACAUUUGCUGAGGCUUCUGUAUAACCGUUACUUGCAAUGGAGGUUUGUUAAUGCGAGGGCAGACUCUGCUUUAAUGGUGCAGAGAUUGAACGCAGAGAAAAACCUGUGGAAUGCAUGGGUAUCAAUCUCUGAACUGCGCCACAGCGUUACGUUAAAGAGAAUCAAGUUACUUUUGCUAAGGCAGAAACUGAAACUGGCUUCUCUUCUGAGGGGGCAGAUGGGAUAUCUAGAAGAAUGGUCUCUUCUAGACAAAGAUCAUUCAAGUUCUUUGUCUGGAGCAACCCAAGCCUUGAAAGCCAGCACGCUUCGUCUACCUAUUGUUGGAAAAACGGUGGUUGAUAUCAAAGACCUUAAGUAUGCUGUUAGUUCAGCUGUUGAUGUAAUGCAAGCUAUGUCAUCUUCCAUAUUCUCGCUUACUUUGAAGGUUGAUGAAAUGAAUUCUGUAAUGGUGGAAACGGUGAAUGUAACUGCAAAGGAAAAGGUUUUGCUUGAAAGAUGUCAAGGUUUCUUAUCAAGAGUAGCAGCAAUGCAGGUUACAGACUGUAGCGUGAAGACGCACAUAAUACAACUAAGACCAAUCACAAGCAGCUUGACUUCAUGACUCUAGAAAAACUGAUCUUCCUCAAGAGAAUAUAUUUGUUCUUUUUGACUACAACAACAACAGUUCUCACCAAGAACAAAUUUGCUAACACGGGGCCUUUUUCUUCCUCGAAUCUCGACCUUAUCGUUUUCAAACCAAGAUUAAGGAUGAGGCUCGCGGGUUUAUUGUCGCCAUCUCUCUCUCUUUCCCCUUGCUCUCUCUCUUGCUUCUCGUAGUUUUUUGUUUUUAUGUAAGUUUGCAGGUAAUUCCUCUAAAGUAAGUAAGCUUAGUUUUGUAUACAAAAGUUUUCUUCUUGUGUACAUAUAACAGAUGUAGUAAUGUAAUGAAUCACUGAUUUUGUCUUUCCUUUUUUUUGUUAUAGACUUGUUGACGUUUUUAUAA